GCCUUCAGCUGCCAUGAUGCGUGUGGCGCUCCGAUAGGAACAACGUUGAUGUCGGCUACCACAGAGCUGCCAAUUAAACACGAAUCUUAAGUUAGUAUACCGCAUCCUGAGCUGUCCCCGCCGGCCUUUCAUGGUCCGCCGCUUCACAUAUCCUUACUGAAACGUUCUUGUCCGGAGCAACUAAAAUGGCGCAGUGGUCAGGCCGAAUGUUCUGAAACUUCGCGAGAACUCCUGAGUCUCCACGUCCUCAGCGAGGCUGGAGUAGCCCAUACCGACGGAGUGGGAACGCUUUGGCUUUGUGACAUCCGGGUCCUUCUCUUUCCACACCUAUUGACGGGCCGCCGUUUGUUGUAGCCUCCGCUAGUGGAGGGGAGGAGAAGGGGGCAUUUGCUCCACUGCAACCGGUGGGGGGAAAAUGUCCAGCCCCGGGGUAACAGCAGCCGGAGGAGCGAGGGCUGGAGCGACAGCGGAGUGGGGAGCCUUCGAGGACAAUAUGCAGGGUGGGGGUUCUGCUGUAAUUGACAUGGAAAACAUGGAUGAUACAUCUGGCUCCAGCUUUGAAGACAUGGGUGAGAUGCACCAACGCAUGAAAGAAGAAGAAGAAGUGGAUGCAGAAGCAGCUGCUGCAGAUGAAGAAGAUGGAGAGUUUUUGGGGAUGAAGGGCUUUAAGGGGCAGCUGGGCCGGCAAGUAGCUGAUCAGAUGUGGCAGGCUGGAAAAAGGCAAGCCUCAAAGGCCUUCAAUCUUUAUGCCAACAUUGAUAUCCUCAGGCCCUACUUUGAUGUUGAGCCCAACCAAGUUCGGAACAGGUUGCUGGAAUCCAUGAUACCUGUAAAGAUGAUUAAUUUUCCUCAGAAGAUAGCUGGUGAGCUUUAUGGCCCUCUCAUGCUGGUCUUCACACUGGUGGCUAUCUUGCUGCAUGGAAUGAAGACAUCAGAUACUAUAAUUAGAGAAGGCACACUGAUGGGUACAGCAAUUGGCACCUGCUUUGGUUACUGGAUAGGUGUCUCCUCUUUCAUCUACUUCCUGGCAUACUUGUGCAAUGCUCAGAUCACCAUGGUCCAAAUGUUGUCACUCCUGGGUUAUGGACUUUUUGGGCAUUGCAUCACCCUCUUUGUAACCUACAAUAUCCACUUUCAUUCCCUUUUUUAUAUCUUCUGGUUGGGGAUUGGUGGCCUCUCCACAUUACGAAUGGUUGCUGUGUUGGUGUCACGCACAGUAGGCCAUACCCAACGACUCAUUUUGUGUGGAGCACUUGCCGCACUCCACAUGCUGUUCCUACUCUAUUUGCAUUUUGCUUAUCACAAGGUUGUAGAAGGCAUCCUGGACACAUUGGAAAGACCCAACAUCCCUCCCUUUCAGAGAGUUGCCAGAGACAUUCCAGUUGUUUCCUCCGGUGUACUGAAUGUCACAACCAAAGCGGUUGCUGCACUGACCUUGUAGCCUUACAGACUCUGGCAUGUUCUACCUGCCGCUACACAGGUCAUAUACUUUGCUGCUGUUUUUACCAGGGAAAAAGUAACAGCAGCUGGACAUGGUUUAAUCUGCAGAUCUCCUCUUGAAAGUGGAAGCAGAAGGCUCCCAGCAUGUUGCAGAGGAACUGUAUUUGUCCAGCCAAAUUGUGCUGGGCAGGGCGUGUGUACAUUUAGCUGGAUUUACGUAGCUCAAACUUUCCCUCCUGUGCUUGCUCUUGUCUUUUUAGCCUAUAAGCUUGUAAUCCUCUCCUUUGUUGAGAGAAGCAUUAAAUUAAAUGGAUGUUUGUUCCAAGCAAUCUCUUCCAUUGGACCCUCAUCACAAAUUCAGAAGAGCACAUGGUUCUGGGCUGUUUUCCUUCUGUUCUAAAACUACAACAAAAACCACUAUUAUAAACUCCUUUGCCCAAGGUGCUUCCAGUUGUGAGCAGCAUUUGGCUGUAGCUGACAAUUGCCUUCAUUCCUUACUACUUCAUGGGAGUGUUUAUUUUACAGAGAACAGGUAUCCCUAAUACCUUUUUAAAAACAGUUUCUGAAUUACAUAUAUUUAAUAUAAUGUCUUACAUGCUGAGACUGACAUUCUUCAGUUAGUUUGGCUUCUUUUGAAUUGUGUGACAGAUUCCAUGAGGGAUUUACUUUGCCUUUCUGGGCUUAAAUAGCAGGUCAUGUGUUCAGAAGAGAGAAUCAUUCUUACUCAAAUAGUAGUACUAAGCUCACUGAGUCAUGCAUUUGUGUUUGUAGCAGGAUCAGCCUUUAAGUCCCCCUCUCAAUGUCUUUAAAAAGCACAUUUAAGCUGUAGCUGGAACUACUGUUGAUACUUUGCAGAAAUCUGCUGUGGCCAUUAAGCCACUGCUUUUUAUGCACCAUAUACUUGUUGGCUGGACUCUUUCAGGGUAUACAAUAUGACUUCCUCUGGAUCAUAAAAGCACUUCAGUUUUUUUA